CGCGAGGCGAGCGGCGGCGCGCGCCUGUCGGCGCCGCUGCUGGCGCCGGCGCGGGUGGGGAGCGUGGUAGGCAGCGACAGCUUCGACGAAAACUGGGAGGAAGGCAGCUGGAGCGGGAGCUCGAGCGCGAGCGAGGCCGGCGCGGCGCCGCACGCGCCGCGGCGCGCCUGGUGGCUGGCGGGCGAGGACAGCGGCAGCGUCGCCGGCAGCCCAGGCGGCGCCGAGCAGGACGGCCAGCGCAGCGCGGAGGGCGGGGGAUGGUUGGGCAGGCGCGCGUCGGGGGCGUCGCGGGCGCUGUCGUGGGUCAGGGUGCCGAGGGUGAUGGGCAUGGGAAGCUUCUACCUCUGGUACCCUGGACGGGCGCGGGGCGCGGCGCGCACGCAGGCGGCCACGCAUCUGGGAGAGCCUCUUCUUGACACUUGA